AUUAGAAAUUAAUCUGUUUUUCAGACGAUGGAGGCAACAAAUGCUGGCAAACUAUUUUCUAGUGCAUGUCUGGUGGACGUGGGAAACAGCAUAAAAGAAUUACGCUACUGCGCAGCCUGGGCCGACAAGAUCCAGGGCCGCACCAUACCUGUGGAUGGAAGCUUCUUCACCUACACAAGACGUGAACCUAUCGGAGUGUGCGGCCAAAUCAUUCCUUGGAACUUCCCGUUGCUCAUGCUGUUGUGGAAGAUAGGACCCGCCCUCAGCUGUGGCAACACCGUGAUCGUCAAACCCGCAGAGCAAACUCCGCUCACGGCUCUUCACGUGGCAUCCUUAAUUAAAGAGGCAGGUUUUCCCCCUGGAGUGGUGAAUAUUGUCCCUGGCUAUGGGCCCACCGCAGGGGCAGCCAUCUCCUCCCACAUGGAUAUUGACAAGGUGGCCUUCACAGGAUCGACAGAGGUUGGCAAAAUAAUCAAAGCAGCCGCUGGGAACAGCAACCUGAAGAGGGUCACCCUGGAGCUGGGAGGGAAGAGCCCCUGCAUCGUGUUUGCAGAUGCCGACCUGGACAGUGCUGUAGAAUUGGCACACAUGGGCCUGUUCUUCCACCAGGGGCAAUGUUGUAUAGCUGCGUCCAGGCUUUUUGUAGAAGAAUCAAUUUAUGAUGAAUUUGUGCGGAGGAGUGUAGAGCGGGCAAAGAAAUAUACUCCUGGAAAUCCUAUGAGCCCAGGCACAAAUCAUGGCCCUCAGAUCUUCGGACCCGUGCAACAAAUCAUGAAGUUUAAAUCUUUAGAUGAAGUGAUCAAGAGAGCAAACAAUACCUCCUAUGGCUUGGCAGCGGGGAUCUUUACCAAAGACCUCGACAAAGCAGUGACCGUCUCCUCUGCUCUGCAGGCGGGAACAGUGUGGGUAAACUGUUAUGGUGGAGGAGGCUGUCAGGCUCCCUUUGGUGGAUACAAAAUGUCUGGAAAUGGACGAGAACUGGGUGAAGAAGGCCUCUAUGAAUACACAGAGAUCAAGACUGUCACAAUGAAAAUCUCUCAGAAGAACUCAUAAUCCACUGGAGUGAAGACUCCUCACUGAAUUGGCAUUUCUUCCAUUCACCAGUGUAGAAUUUAAAUAUAAAAUUCAUUUUUCUUAAUUUUAAAGUUUAAAAUAAUUGGAUUGUUAUUAAUAAUAUGCAUUAAAAACCAGACAUGUAGCUUAUUGUGAAAGAAACAUUUCCCUUUUGACCUGUGAACCAAAGUGCAAGAUCUCUUUAACUUCAUUUUAGUGAUGUACUUUUCUAUAUAGGAAUCUUUAGGAAUAAUCUUUUAUAGAGGUGGACCAGUAGACAUUUAGGUAUUUACCCUCAAAGGCUGCUUGCAGUACUUAGUAUUGAUAUUCAUGACAGACUGAAUAGUAACCAUGUUGUCUGUGAAGUGUCUUGAAAUGUUUCCUAGACCGCCAUGUCUGCUUGUAGAAUGAACAGUUUAACUGUAAUUUGAAUAUAACGUUUAAUUAAAAUCACAUUACAUGA